CUUCAAGGUCAAACCAGUAACAGAAGAAACAGCCAUGGGAGCUCUGCUUGCAGUUCGAGUUGCCCUAGUUUUCUUCUUUGUAUCAUUUGUAACAUUAUUCCCUAGUCCUGUUUACUCGCAGGAGCUUCUGAUCGCCAAUGCCGAGCGAAGAAUUGACUUGACCUCUCACAUAAUAAGGGUUUACUUGACUUUGAAGGUUGAAAAUACUGGAACAUCACCUGCUUCAGAAUUUCUUCUUGCCUUUCCACCUACUCAAGUUAACCAUUUAGCACUGGUCAAAGCAGUGGAAGCUGUAGGGAAACGGAAAAAGAAAACUUAUGUACCCCUUUCUGUAAACCCUGUUGAGCUAGAUGAUGCACCAAAUGGAACCCGGUUCUUCUCUGUCUCUUUGAUCAAUCCGUUAAAGCAAGGUGAAACUGUAACAGUGGAAGCUUUACUUGUAUUAACACAUUCUUUAGAACCUUUCCCGGCAGAGAUCAGCCAAUCAGAAUCUCAGUAUGUGUAUUACCAUGACAGUGCAAUAAUAUUGUCACCUUAUCAAAUUAAAGAACAAACAACAUAUAUUAAAACACCAAGUACCAGGAUUGAGUCUCAUACAAGGGUAGAACCCACCAAACUUUCCGGUAAAGAAAUAAAAUAUGGACCUUAUGCUGAUCGUCUGCCAUAUUCCUUUUCUCCAAUUAUAGUUCAUUUUGAGAACAACCAUCAUUUUGCUGUCAUUGAGAAACUUGUACGCGAAGUGGAAGUAUCUCAUUGGGGCAACCUUCAGAUUACAGAACACUAUGAGCUGGUUCAUGCUGGUGCUCGGCACAAGGGCAUAUUUUCAAGGCUCGAAUAUCAAUCAAGAGCAUCCAUUAGUGGUGUAUCUUCAUUUAAGGAUCUCCUUGUAAGACUCCCCCCUCGGGUGCACUCUGUUUACUAUCGAGAUGAGAUUGGGAAUAUCUCAUCUUCACACCUACGUACUGAUUCUCAGAAGUCAGAACUUGAAAUAGAACCUCGCUAUCCUUUGUUUGGGGGUUGGAAAGCCACUUUUGUCAUUGGAUAUGGGCUACCAUUGCAAGACUUCCUCUUUGAGUCAUCUGAUGGCAGACGCUACCUUAACUUCAGUUUUGGAUGUCCUGUUGCUGGUACAGUGGUCAACAAGUUGAUUUUAAAAGUUGUGCUACCAGAAGGAUCCAAAGAUCCAUCUGCCAUGGUCCCUUUCCCAGUGGACCAGUAUAUAGAGAGAAAGUACUCAUAUCUUGAUGUUGUUGGGAGGACAGUGGUGGUUCUUGAAAAGGAAAAUGUAGUUCCUGAGCAUACUUCUUAUUUCCAGGUUUAUUACAAGUUCAACCCAAUUAGCAUGCUUGCAGAGCCACUGAUGUUGGCAUUAGCAUUUUUUCUAUUUUUCAUGGCUUGUGUAGCUUACCUACAUAUUGAUUUCUCCAUCCGCAAGGGAUAACAUCAAACAUCAUUUAGAAGAUUGAAGGUGCUUUUUUGACCUGUUGGAAAUAUUUAUGGAGCAUUUGGACAAGAUGUGUUCUGAAAUGGUUUCAACUUUUCUUAGAGAUGAUUACAUCAUUACAUGAAUAGUUGACUAAUUAUAGAGAUGCUACUGAAAUCAUUUGAGGUGUUCAUGGAAUGACAUCCUUCCUAAGUUUAUUCA